AUGCCCGACAUCGACCCUCUCCAUAUCACGACUGGUGGCACGAAUCUUAACGACGAGCAAAAGGCCGCAUUUCUCCUCAAGCUCCCGCUUGCCACCCCAGCAGAAUGGCACACCCGUGUCGACAAGGACAUUGAACACUACUACUAUGCUGCUGCCGGCGUGCUUGCCUCUUCGCCCUUCGUUCCACCCCCGCUCGACACGAUACAGCCGUUCAUCGUCCAUGCCAUGGAAUAG